CUGGAUGCUUCGUGAUGGAUGAGGAGUGACAGAUCGGGGUUAGCCGUCAGGGGAGUCCAUUUUCUUCCAGUGCACGGUCCUACCCGAGGAGAAAGCAGAGGAGAUGAGACACUGGAUGCAGAGGAGGAAGGGACGAGAAACAGACCGUUUUCCACCCCUCCUCUUUCCCUAUCUGUCACACACUCUCUCUCCAAUCCCGUGCAUCACAACCUAGUGAGCUUCACCCGGACUGCACCGCAUUGACGCUGCUGCUGCUGCUGCUGCUGCCAGCCGACCCAACCCACUAAACUAACGCACUUGCAUACAGAGAGCGAGAGAGAGAGAGAGAAUCGGUCUUUUCAGAUGCUAUUACCCACAGCUGGAAACUGGAUGCGGUGCGGAUUCUGUGCGUGGGUAUGCAGCAUUUCCCUCUCCACCUCUCUUUGCUUCUUUCUCUCUGGAUCCGGACUCUGAUUCGCUGUCCUGCUCGGUAAUGUCAAGACUUUGGAAACGGGAGUGACUCUGGGAGUGAUUUGGAGAUAAUACUGCAUAGUGCAAAAACGAUUAGGAUAUAACUUACAAGUUUGCAGAGCUCACGUCAUGAAUGGAGCUGUUUACUUGAAGCCGUGAGCUCCCCACUGUGCUGUUUCCAACAUGGGUGUUGACUGAAUGGAGCAGUAUCCCCGCGCGGCCACAGAGGAACGAAGAUGCACUUGUGAGGAUUAAAACUGCGCUCAAUAAUUCCUGGACCAUGCAGAUUCUGCCGCCUUGGACGUUAUUUGUAUUAUUAGCCCACGCACAUGUAUUAUUGUCUCUUAGACAUAAUGGAGAAGUACGAGCUAAAGAGGACAGCAACACCAGUGCAUACUCUACGAGGACUUUCCAUGGGUCACUCCGGGAGAGUCAUCAUAACAAAGCCUGGGACCGCGCGCUCUCGCCGGGGUACGCCACAGGUGCGUCCUCGGCGGAACUGCAGGCGCAGCGGGCAGUUAUCCGAGGGCCCCUGAACUCCACUCACCCAUGGAAGAGGGUAAUUGCAGGAGAAACUAGGCGAAUUGGACACAACAAACGCGACUUCAGUAGGACUGUGACACCCGUGGAGGAUCCCAAAGCUGUCUUACAUUGGGACAUGACGCGCCACCACAAUAAGAGGAUAAAGUUGAAUGGCGGUCUUAGUAGUACGGGGACGCCAGCAGGUGGACACUACAAUGCGGCUAAGCCCUCUUCAAUGGGCCGGGGAGACAGAGGAGGGGUACUUGAUGAGGCCGACAGGCACAGGAGGGGCACAAAAGACGAGCAUAAGAAAGGCUCAAAGAGGGGGAGAAGCCGGCUGAACAAAAGCUCUGGGGUUUUGGCUCUGCCUCACGCGUCGCCGUGGGAACCCAUGCCCAAGCCUCUGGCCCUCACCUCCACCGACCUGCCCUUUGACCUCUUCACCAGGAGGCCAGAGUUCUUCACUUUCAGAGAGGAAAAUCCCUGGGACGCCACGCCGAUCACCCCUCCCAGCUCGCAGGAUUUCGGGGACGAGAUCAAGAACCCCUUUUACCCGGUGACCAGCGAGACUUACGGCGCUUACGCGAUCACAUGUGUCUCCGGGGUUAUCUUCCUGGUGGGGAUAGCGGGCAACAUUGCCAUCCUGUGCAUCGUGUGCCAGAACUACUACAUGAAAAGCAUCUCCAACUCACUGCUGGCCAACUUGGCUGUGUGGGAUUUUGUGCUCAUCUUCUUCUGCCUGCCCAUGGUGGUUUUUCAUGAGCUGACAAAGUCCUGGCUCCUGGGGGAAUUCACGUGCAAAGUGGUGCCCUAUGUGGAGGUGGCCUCCCUUGGUGUGACCACGUUCACCCUGUGCGCUCUGUGCAUCGACCGCUUCCGUGCGGCCACCAAUGUCCAGAUGUACUACGAGAUGAUCGAGAACUGCACCUCCACCACUGCUAAGCUAGCUGUCAUCUGGAUCGGUGCUCUCCUGUUGGCCCUCCCAGAGCUCCUCAUCAGACAGCUGGUGUCCGAGGACACAGGAAACCCGGACGAGCCUCCUGUUCAACGUUGUAUCAUCAGGAUAUCAACCUCCCUUCCUGACAUGCUCUACGUGCUGGGCUUGACCUACGAGGGCGCUCGGCUGUGGUGGUGCUUUGGCUGCUACUUUUGCCUCCCCACCCUCUUCACCAUCGGGUGCUCUUUGGUGACGGCACGCAAGAUCCGGCGUGCAGAGCAGUCCAGCGUGCGCAGCAACAAGAAGCAGAUCCGGCUGGAGAGCCAGAUGAACUGCACCGUUGUGGCACUGGCAAUCGUCUACGGUGCAUGCGUGGUGCCCGAGAACAUCUGCAACAUAGUUUCUGCGUACAUGGCGGCCGGUGUUCCUGAGCACACCAUGUCUGUCCUCCAUCUUCUUUCCCAGCUGCUGCUCUUCUGUCGGGCCGCCGUGACGCCGGCGCUGCUGCUUCUCCUGUGUCGCCCGCUGGGCAGGGCCUUCCUUGACUGCUGUUGCUGCUGCUGCUGUAACCACGGCCCCUCCUCUGCCACCGCCAGUGACGAUAACGAACACGAGUGCACCACCGAGCUGGAGCUGUCGCCGUUCAGCACCAUCCGCAGGGAACUGAGUAACUACACACCUGCUGGCUCCAACUGCUAAACUGACAUUCCUCAUUAGGGAGGGAGAUUUGACUAGCCUGCUUUUAGCCUUUGGCUAGCAUUUCUCAGACUCGGCUAGGAGAGUUAUGCCUUACCUAGUCCAGUCACAUUUUGAAAUGGGUGCAUGAAUAGAGUUGGACACUGAAUAAUCACAUUCAGCCAGUGUCCUACAUCCUCAACCUUCAUUCUUUACAAUAAUUCAAAUUUACAGUAACAUAUAUAACCCUAAUUUUCCAGGAUUGCUAACAAAAAGCAUCUCCUCUCACUCGUACCCUGGGGUGCUCUUAAAACAGGGUCAGUACAUAUUUUAAGCAAUCCUGCCUGAAACCUUUAAAACUUACAAACCUCCCUGCUGUAUGACCUUCUAUGCCUAAAUAUUGUUGCUCGAACAGUUGGAAUCAACCAGUCUCAUGUCUGGUUCCUCACAAGAGGUUGUAUCAGGUUCAAUUCUUUAGAUUGCCUGAUUGCCAAAGCAGAAAAAACUGUUUCCUACAGUCCUCAUGCUAUAAGUGGCAGGUAAAGGUAAUACUAUUUAUACUGUACAUUGAGAAUAAGGACAUUUUUGUACAGAAUAUAACACAAUAUGUUCUGUUAAAAUUAAUAAAAAACGCUUGUAAUGAAGCAUAAUUGGCGCCCAUAAAUACAAAUGAUGUAUGGGAAACUGUACUGUAUAUUUUAAGGGAUACGUAAUCAAUGCCAAUCAUCUUCUUAAUGUGUCACUGUUGAAAUUAUGGAGACUUGGCUAAUUAAUCAUAGAGCCCGACCUUGUAAAAUAACUCAAAUACAGCAUCCAGCUGAACAUGUGGGCUGACACUGCCUAUAUAGAAACACAGGAUCAAUUUACACACUACAUCUGCCGUAAAUGUACAGUUCACGUUAUGCUGCACACAUGGGAACAAAGCUUACGAUAAUUAAACUAGCGCAGGGCGUCUCUGCAGUAAUGACAGUUUGCAAGAGGAAAACACAGAGAGGAGAGUGAGUUGGAGAAUCCAAAUGUACACAACAAUACUUACACUGUAUAUUGAAAAAUAUCCAGGGGAGUCAAACAUAACUGGGCUGGUCUCAGAGAUACACAAACACGGACUUGGAGUGGAAUUGAAAGGUUCCGAACGAACUAAUUGAAAUCAUAUUAGAGUUGAAUGAAGUGGAAUGGAAUCGAAUGAAACACUAAAUUGAAUGGAGUGAUUAUGAAUAGAGUGGAAAGUAAUGGAACACAACAUCAUGGAAUAUAACUGAAAGGGAUGGACACAGCACGGACUGGACUGAAAAUAAAUAUCUGCACUACACCGUUGUAUCAUGUUACGCCUUACACUUUGGGCUGUAUAUAUAUAUAUACUGUACACUUUCUUUGGUGCUCUUAUGAUGAAUGCGCUGUAAACAACAAAUCCAUUGGUUCGACUUAGAAUCGCAAGUAACUGAGCUGUGUACUAAAGUUUUGGUCAAGAAGACGGAUUACAGUUGCGUGUGGAAUGCAUGAACAAUGGUGGGGUAAAAGAAGAAACAAUCAAUAAAUAGUUUCACUGAGCUGCGAGAAGAAAUGGAGAAAUGGUCUGAAUCUUAGAGUAAAUACUGCCUUUGUUAAAAGUAUGGUAGCACUUUAUUUUACAGUGUAAGUAGACCCAAAUACUCAAUGUUUACUAGGUACUAAUAGCCAAAAUGAAAAGCUGAUUUAUUAAUAUUGAUAUUAAUAUUGUAGAGACUUGAAUAGAUUAGUUAGUUACUGUAUAGUUGUAUUAUUACAUUGGAACACAAAUAUAAUUACUAUUUGUUAAAUUACAUAUUAACGGGAUAUAAUUGGGACAGUAAUUAUCAAUUAUUUACUUGGUAUUUAUAACAUUAUUAAAUUAUUAUUACACAAAAGUGCCAAUACUGCAUUAUUACAUUGUAAAUACAACUACUGGGCUGUAAUUAUAAGGGUAAUUAUAUAUGUGUACCAAUUAUCACUGCAAAGUUUUUAAUAAUAGGAGUAGCUGUUAUUUAUUCAACUUUAUGUUAAGUUAUUAUUUACAAUGCCUGAACUGUAAAACUAAAUGCUACCACAAUUGUCCAAUUACAGCAACAAUAACUAGACCGCGCUGAGUAGAAUGCUAACUUUAAGCCAGGGACAUGCGACUUCAGCAUGAUAUCAUGUAUGUAGCCAUCAAGUGCAUACUUAAGACCCCUUUUACAGGACUCUCAUUAAAGAAUGAGUCAGACAGAAAGACGCUGCUAAUUGUAGCUUAGCUAGCUAGCUAGAGAAAAUGAAGUCCUCCAGCGACAGGUGUUAUUUCAGCCGGCAAAAUCGACAUUGGCAGACUAGAAAUUAGAGGCUGCUUUUGUCUGAUUCUCUCUGAAAUAAAGCACCCAUUGUGUCAAUAAGGAUGUUACUGUAUACGUACCGUGCAAGAAUAACAAGCUUUACUGGCAUAGCAACCGUAGCCUGAGAGAGUUAGUCUUCAUGGACGGUCAAUUGUACAGUGUAAUAAAACCAAUUGGCCUCUAAUACCCUUCAGUUAACUUACUUGAGUUUCUAAGGAGAACCAAUGAAAUGUUUUUCACAGUGUAUAAAUAUACAAGUGUAUUGUACUGUAAAUCUGUUUUCUUAAUCCUACCACUCAGACCUAGGUCAAAACAAGGUUCAAACCACCAUUAGCUACAAUGUAUAAAAAAGCAGGUAAUUGAAGUUAUAUUGAAAACUGAACGGCCCAAACCUUUGGUACAUAUGGCAGAAGUGUGUAGAGGCCCUUGGGGAUGAACAAAAUUAUGCUUUAAAGCAUUUAUUUUGCUUGUUUAAAGUAUAAAAACACUAAUUUCUUUAAAUGUAUAGAACUAAAAUGAAUGCUGAUGAACUCUGUGAUGACCCAGGUGUGAUGUUCGUUGGUAUACUGUAUAUUGCGAUGAAUCUUUUGCAUACGAUUCUGCACUGCCAAACACCUUCUCUCUGUCUGUCUCUUGUGCUCUUGUGGUAGUAGCACACUAUCUCUGGGUGUCUCUCUCAGUGCGGAGGUCAGUUUGCCCUCAGCUUCAUCAAUACAGGAAGAAGAAUUUUACUACAUAACAUAGAUCGAAAAUGGUUUGACAGCUACCCAGGGCAUACUAAAAAUAUACGCAGGGUGAGGAACUGUGGAUAAAGGGUGUUUAGUUUUUUCUUGCCGUGGCUGGAGGCAGAAACCCUUUGGCUUUAAUGAACUACAGUUUAUGAGCUCCAAGAGAUCCAGGUGGAUGCAGACUCUGGUUGGCGCUCCCUGCAGUUCUUUAAGUUAAUAGAGGAAAUGGGCAGGAACACAGCAGCACUGCAACACAAUACCCUGCAGCCUGUUUGACAACUCUUUUUAUUACCAUCACUAUCAGGCCCUUGCAGCAGCCCAGUUUCUACCAAUAAAUGACUUCCGAGAGUGUUUUUGUACUUAGUUCAGUGAUCUUAAGUCCGGAUUUCCCGUCUGUUGUUUGAUGCAACAAGUGUUAGCUGACCUCCGUACACUGAUUCUCUUUUUCUGCAUUUUUCUGGGAGUAUAGCUCAUUCUAAAUGGCUCAGUGUGUAGUAACGUGGUUCAAACUAUUGAUGAAGUGAUUCUUGUAAAUCAGUCAGUGAGACGUUUAUUCUGAAUUUUGUGAGUAUCCUCUUCACUCUGAGCAACUUGUGUCUGUAUUUGAUACCUGAAAAUGUAAGCACACAACCACUAUUGUCUCUAAGUCUAGUCACUGGUUUCUACAUAGCUUUUUAUAUAGCCAAAAAACUGUCCCUUUGUUUAUCAAAGAACUUUAUCUUGAAAACUGUAUAUUAAAACCCUAAAUGUA